AUACAAGGCAGGCACCACCGCGAGCGCUGCCUCCUCCCCUCCCCAUCCGCCGCUAGGCGCAAUCCUCCCAGCGCCGCCGCCGCCGCCCGACCGCCUGCGCUGAACUAACCGCGAAAAUCCGAAACCCUCGCCCUACCGCAGCAAUGUCCCGGGACGCCGCCGCCGGGCUGAACCCGCCCUACAAGGAGGACGAGGAGGAGGACUCCGACGACGACGACAACGUGCCGCUGGCGAUCUCCCGCGACAGGAAGAAAGCGACCGGCGCGGGUGCCCCCAAGGUCAAGAAGGAAGAGGAGGACGAUGACGAUGACGUCCCGCUCGCGCAAUCUCGGGCCAGGAAAGCGGUCAAUGGGGGUGUGAAGAAGGAGUGGGUGGACGAUGACGACGACGACGACGACGAGGAUGAAGAGGAGGAGGACGAUGACGACGAGGAAUACGAAGAAGAUGAGUACACGCCCGGUUCUGGUUCUCGGGGCAAGAAGGGAAAUGAGAAGCAAAAAAGCACCCCCAGUAGCAAGCAGAAGGCAUCUAAAGUUAAGAAAGAAGAAACUGCUUCUGAUGAUGACUUCGAGGAAGAUGAGAAGCCGAAGAAGACUCCCACUAGCAAGCCAAAGGCUUCUAAUAAGGUUAAGAAAGAAGAAACCGGUUCUGACCGCAAGCCAAAAUCGCAGAAGAGAAGUCCAGCUGUCAGUAAACCUAAGACCUCCAAGGUUAAGAAACCAAAAGACGAGCCUGAUACCAAGGAGAACAAGAAAAUAAAGAAAGAAGGUGAUAUCAAGCAAGAUGGGAAUAAGGUGAAGAAGGAGAGGAAGGUGUAUGAAUUGCCAGGGCAGAAACAUGAUCCUCCCCCGGAAAGGGAUCCAUUGAGGAUAUUUUAUGAAUCACUCUACGAGCAGGUGCCAGAUAGUGAAAUGGCUGCAGUCUGGUUGAUGGAAUGGGGUUUACUCCCAGAGGAUGUGGCCAGAAAGGUCUUUCAGAAGAAACAGGCCCAGAAACUGAAGUCACCAGUCAAAUUACUUGCUGCACCAAGAAAGACAAGUUCUCCAACCAAGAGAGUACUAUUGUUAUGUGAAGAAAAAACCAACUCAGGUACAAAGAGCUCUGGAAAAACCACAGCACAGAAGAAAAAGAGGGCAUCUAGUCCUAGUGACACAGAUGACGAUGACGAUGACUUUGUCAAGCCGACAAAGACCAAAAGGCAGAGCGCUGGAAAAACCACAGCAAAGAAGAAAAGGAAGGCAUCGAGCACAGAUGACGAUGAGGACGAAAUCAUGCCGACCAAGACCAAACGGCAGAAGGUCUAGCUAGGUAUCUGAUCCUUAAACAAGACAUGUCCUUUGUUUAUCAUUGUCAUUAUGCUAGAUCAGGAUAACCUUAGAAAAUGCUGAGAAAAUUUCGACUUUCGUGCAAAUCUGGAGCAAAACUAUUGUGGUGAAGCAGUACAAUGUUUCCAUGUUUUCCAGUA